GUUUGUAUACAUUUCUAUAUCUUUCUCUCUUAGCCAUAUUUAAUCGAUCUCUUACGGUCGAGUUAACUUGGAUUUGAUCCGACGAUCUUCUGAACCAAGAUGUGUGGUGGAGCUAUAAUCUCCGAUUUCAUUCCGACGAGUCGUUCCAAGCGACUCACCGCUGCUGAUUUAGUGUGGGACAUUAAGAACAACUCUGGCAGUUACUUUUCCAAGCCCUUGCGAUCGGAAAUCACCAACGUCGACGACGAUUUCGAGGCUGACUUUCAGGAGUUCAAAGACCAGUCCGAUGAGGAGGUACAAAAUGUCAAAACAUUUUCCUUCGCUCCCACAUCUCGGCCUUCACGAGGAGGUUCGACUGCUGUGAAACCCAGGGGAUUCAAUGGGCUUGCUGAAAAAUCUGCCAAGAGAAAAAGGAAGAACCAGUACAGAGGAAUCCGGCAGCGGCCUUGGGGGAAAUGGGCUGCCGAGAUCAGAGACCCUAGAAAGGGGGUUCGGGUCUGGCUAGGAACCUUCAAUACUGCUGAAGAAGCUGCUAGAGCUUAUGAUGCUGAAGCUCGAAGGAUCCGAGGCAAUAAAGCUAAGGUGAAUUUCCCAGAAGAAACAUCCUCCCCUGCUCAGAAACGCACUGCCAAGUCAAACCCUCUGAAGCCAGUUCCAAAAGCUAGCAUGACAUCUGAAAAGCAGAAUCUCGACCAAAAUUUCAGUUUCAUGAGCAACCCAGCUUCUGAUUUCUAUGACAAUUUGGCCUACAUGGAAGAGAAAGUCUCAGUGAAUGGAUCAAAUGGAUCUGGAUGCAUGGGUUCAUUCCCUGCCACCAUUAUUGGAGAGCCAAAUGGAUUCAAAUCCUUUUCACCUUCUGAUGGUGACACAGUUUGUUUCAACUCCGAUCAGGGGAGCAAUUCCUAUGACUGUUCUGAUUUUGGGUGGGGAGACCGAGAAUCCAAGACUCCAGAGAUAUCAUCAGUUCUCUCAAAUGCAAUUGGGAGUGGUGAGGUGUCUGAACUUUUGGAGGAUUCUCGUUUAAAUAAAAAAAUGAGGACCAUACCCGAGGAUGAUGUGAUCCAGAUUGAGGAAAAUACUGCAAAGAAACUUCCUGAAGAAGUGUCCACAUUUGAAUCCCAGACGAAGUUCUUUCAAAUACCAUAUCUUGACGGCAGCUGGGAGACGGAGACGGAGACGGAGACAUCAAUGGAAAGCCUCCUCAAUAGUUCGAUGGACCUAUGGAGCUUUGAUGACUUCUCUCCGAUGGUGGGAGGUGUCUUUUGAAAGGUCUUGGUCUUCAUGCUGGUUUAUGUAAUUAAGACAACAUGAAUAGCUGCUGAUGGUAGAGAUGGAGAACAAAAAGGUGCAUAUGGUUCCAAGUGUGGAGAGUUCUCAGGCAGCUUUUGGGUUAUAUGGGGAAAUAUAUUUAGGUAUCAUCUUUAGAUUAUUGUUUUCAAAUUUGUAACUUGACCUGCUUCUGGGUAUUUGCGUUUGGGUUUAAACUGCA